CAGUAGAUGCAGACUUCCUGCUGAGCCGGGAGCCCGAUGCAAGACUCAGUCCCAGAGCUCUGGGAUCAUGAUCUGAUCUGAAGGCAGAUGCUUAACCGACUGAGCCACCCAGGUGCCCUGCUAAACUCAUUCUUAUUUCAUCUUGCUUCAUUCUUCCCUUACAAGGUAAAUGGACUGUAUUUACACGGCAGAGAACAUGGCCACUUGGAAGUUCUGUCAGAAUAAUCCCAAAGAGAUACCUAGACUCAUCUGGCUUGGGAGCAUGAUCACUUCUGGGUCAAUUUUUGGUCACUCAUUUUGGUCACGGGCUUUUCCCUGUGGCGAGGAUUGCAUCUACAUCUUCAAAUUACAGCACAAAUACUGCUCUGCUAAGUGGAGUGAGAAUUAAUAGACCUGAGUGACCAAGGACUAAUUCAGCUUGAGGUGUAGAAGAAUGGUGAUGCUAUUUACCCAAAGGUGAAGAAGAAACAAAAGAUUCCCAGGAUGAAGAUUUUCCAGGAGAGACUUUGAGUUAAAGAAGACUUUUCUUUUUUAUAUGACAGAGAGUGAAGCUUAAAAAGUUACAUUUUAAAGAAUGCUGUUAGAACAGGACUUGGAUACACAUUAAACACAUCCAGUAUAACCAUGAUGGACCUGUGAUAAAUAUCUUAGUAGAUUAUGGUUUUUAAAAGGUGUUGUCAUCUGCAGUAAAGAUCAUUGAAAAACAGAAGAUUGAAUAAAGCUUGUAAGAUUGGACCUGGAUAGGAGAUUUAGAACAGAAAAUUAAAAUCAGUCACUUUGGUUUUAGUGUUCCAAUUUCAUAAUAUUUAUUCUUUCUUCUGAGUAAAUUUAGGGAGUAGAAAUUAAAAUUCAGUGCAAUACUACGGAUGCACUAAUACUCUUUUUCUUUGUUUUUUUUGUAUGAGAGAAGAAAGUAGAUAACCAAGAGCUAUAGUGAUUCAUAAUGAAAUAUACUAAACUGACUUUUAUGUUGUCAGUUCUUGGCAUUGUAAUCUAUAUAACUGAUUUAAUUGUGGACAUCUGGGUAUCUGUGAGGUUUUUCUAUGAAGGACAAAAUGUUUUUGGUAUUUUAACAGUAAGCUUUAUGCUUUUUGGAACACUUGUGGUGCAGUGUUUUAGUUAUUCUUGGUUCAAGGCUGAUUUAAAGAAAGCAGGCCAAGAAAGUCAGUGUUGUUUUCUUCUACUUCAUUGCUUGCAAGGAGGAGUUUUUACAAGGUAUUGGUUUGCCUUGAAAAAUGGUUAUCAUGUCGCUUUCAAAAAUAGCAAAACUGCUAACUUCACAGAAGAACAAAUUGAUUCACAUAAAGAAGUUAUAGACAGAAUGACUGAUUUGAGUAUGCUCAGGCUAUUUGAGACCUACCUGGAAGGCUGCCCACAACUGGUUUUGCAGCUCUACACCUUUCUGGAACUUGGGCAAGCAAAUUUCAGUCAGUAUGCAGCCAUCUUGGUCUCUUGCUGUGCUAUUUCUUGGUCGACUGUUGCUUAUCAAGUAGCUUUAAGAAAAUCCUUGCCUGAUAAAAAUCUCCUUAAUGGAUUCUGUCCCAAAUUCACAUACCUCUUUUAUAAGUUGUUUACAUUAUUAUCUUGGAAGCUGAGUAUUGUACUUCUUCUAUUCUUAGAUGUUAAGAUUGCAUUAUUUCUGUUGUUAUUUCUUUGGUUUUUAGGGAUAUUGUGGGCAUUUAAAAAGCAAACUCAGUUUUGCGCUUCUGUAAGUAUGGAAUUCUUAUACAGGGUUGUUGUUGGAUUCAUUCUUACCUUUACAUUUUUUAAUAUUAAGGGACAGAAUACCAAAUGUCCAAUGUUUUGUUACUAUAUUGUAAGGGUACUGGCCACAGUGGGGAUAUUGGUUGUGUUCUGGGUUUCCCCAGUCUCUAUUUUUAAUUCAGACUAUUUUAUGUCCAUCAGUAUCACUAUAGCUCUUACUCUUGUCCUUGGAAUUAUUUUUCUUAUUGUUUAUUAUGGGACUUUCCACCCAAACAGAAACGAAGAAACAAAACCUGAUGAAAUUGAUGGAAAAACAACUAAAAGAGAUUGUAGAAUGAAGUAUUUUCUAAUGGAAUAGCUAUCAUUUGUGAGAUGUGUUUUAUUUUUUGUUUUAUUGGUUAUUAAAGAAAAUGUUAUGUGGA